AUGCGGCUGCCACGGCUUCUUUUAUUAGUAUUGGGAACGGUCGUCCAUGUGUCACCCAUCGAAGCAGGCGAGCUCUUCCACAAGGUGCGGCCGUUUGACCCGCAAGAGUCUACUAAACUAAUGGAAUCCAAGGGGGAUAACUUUUCAGAAACACAGGAUGGCACCGGUCUGGACCAAUGCUCCAAGCCCAAGAGGGACAGCUGCGCCUUUUACAAAUCCUGUCUCGAGGCCGCGGUGCCGUGUGGCCCAGAAGGCUACGCCAUUGCAUAUGGUGACCACUACUGCCUCAAGUUCGAGCCGGUACUGGGGCACUUCUCUGACCGGGGAAAAGCCUGGGUCAGCAAUGCCAGGUACUGUCUACAAGAGAAAUUAGUGCCCUAUGCCACGAGCCAGAAAAGAGCCAGCUGCGAGGCGCUCCAGGAGUACGCCUUCGCAACGCAUCCACCCUGCUAUAUCGACAACGGCCUGUGCACUCUUCCACCGUCGGACUGGCUGGUGAUCCUCCAUACCGUAGGGGUCGAGGGCCUAUUUGGGAAUAUAGAUGCUUUCAUUGCAACCCUCGAGGCCGCUGGUGGAUGUAUCGACUUUUAUAUCUGGCUCAUUAGGGGGCAGUUCAUUGAUAAGACAGACAGUUGGAGCUCAAAGGUAGAGCUGUGA